AUGUAUUCUCAGCGCCCACUUUCUUAUGCUCCCACGCCAUACAGCUACACACCCAACCCCGCCCGGUCGGCCUCGAUCAACCUUGACGAAGUAUGGAUCCGUCUCCGCAUUGAUAGACAAAUUGACUUACAAUUGUUCCAGGAGGUCAAACUAGCAUCCAGUUCAGUUGAACGCGACUUGUACGAAUCCCUCGCCGAAAUAUACAGCAUCAUCGUCACCCUCGACGGACUCGAGAAGGCAUACAUCAAGGAUGUGGUCACCGAGGCAGAAUACACGGAGACAUGCACUCGGUUAUUGAAGCAAUACAAGUCCAGUCUCGGAGACGAGACUGUAUCGCGGGAGUUUGUCGACCUGGAAACGUUCAAGCGGACGUGGGGUUUGGAAUGCCCGAGGGCUACAGAGCGAUUGCGCAUUGGUCUUCCUGCUACGGUUGAACAGGCUUCUCACGGUGCGCCUGCUCCUAGUAUGGCUGCGGCUGCAGGACCGGCUGGGGCAUCGGGUAGCCUUAUUCUGGCGGCAACUGAGAACUUCAUUACAUUCCUCGAUGCGUUGAAACUCAACAUGGUUUCAAAAGAUGCACUACAUCCUCUCUUGUCGGAAGUCAUUCAGUCUGUGAACAAGGUAACAGAUGGGGACUUUGAGGAUCGCGGCAAGAUUAUUCAAUGGUUAAUUGCAUUGAAUCAGAUGAGAGCCACUGAGGAAUUAAGUGAGGAUCAAGCGCGAGAACUUGCAUUUGAUAUUGAGCAGGCAUAUCAGGGAUUCAAGGCGACGUUGAAUUGA